AUGUUUAUUAAUCAUUACAAAUCCUUUUAUUCUCUUAAUUCAUAUUCAACAACCUUUUAUUAUCCUUUUUAUCAUUUUUCGUUAAUUUUUUGUUGGAGAUUCAUUUUAUUUCUAUUUUUAAUUAUUUUUAUUCAAAAUCGAGAGACUUUAGCUAUUUUUGCUGACUAUACAACUGUUCCCAAGGGCACAAAUCCUACACUUUACGAUGCCAACGAUUUUGUGGUACAAUUGGAUGACCAAUCAUUUAAUGAUACUGUAUUUUGUUUUGACCCAAACAAAAUUGUUUCGAAUUCUUUAUUUUUGGAGGAAAAUGCAAAUAAUAAUUCAUUAAAUGAGUCAAUUAAAUCUAAUAAUAAUUUUGUUUCUGGAGAGGUACAAUCCGAAAUUAAUGAGCGCUGUACAAGCAUCAUAGUUGAGUUUUAUUCAGAUUGGUGUGGGCAUUGUAGAGCGUAUUCCCGUCUCUAUAAAGCAUUGGCCAAAGACUUGUUGGCAUGGCAAGGAGUGAUUAAAUUGGCUGCUAUAAACUGUGCUGACCCAGUAAAUUUAGAUACGUGUAAAGACAGCUCAAUUACCCACUAUCCUUUCUUAAAAUAUUUUCCUCGUAACAGCUUAGAGGCUAAUUUAAAUUCGAGUACUUCUGUAGGCCAAAUAUUGCGUUCCUAUCAAAGUUUAGCUCAAAUGAGAGAUCAAAUAACUCGAGUUCUAUUAACUGAAUAUGAGGAAAAUCGUUAUGAGGAUUGGCCUAAAUUUGAAUGGCUAGAAGACGUAGAAACAUACAAUAAUUUAUGGAAAGGAAUAGAUACACAUAUAUCAACCCUUAUUGUAUUAUUCGAAUCAAAUACAAACUCUCUAGUUGGCGCGCAACUUUUAUUAGACCUUUCCGGUUAUGCAGACAAAGUUGUUGCUAGAAGGUGUGUAAAUAAUGCUUUGGCAAAUGCUCUACAAAUAAAAGAUUUCCCAACAUUUGCGGUUUUUAGGAGGGGAGAACGUUCUCCUGCCUAUAUUGCUGAACUUAGACGUCUUCUACUUAACGAAUUUGAACAAUUAUUACGAAAUGAUAGCAAGGAAACAAGUAAAAGGUCUAUGAACAAGUUCUUUUCUAGAAAAAAAUUUGCUUCGGGAGGUGAAAAUAUUGAACAAUUUUGUAGCAAUUUUCCUCAAAUAUGUAAGCGUGCCUAUUAUGUUUCUGAAUUGGAUUUGUUAAAGAGUGCGCGUAUUGGUAAAUUUAAUUUUAAUUUUAAUUAA